AGUUAUGGUUUGUGUUGACUUCACAGCAGUCGUAAAAAACGGCUUUGCAGGUGACAUAGACGAUGAAAUACUCAGUUACAUCGUAAACGUGCUCUCUUCGAGCCAAGAAGAUUUCUCCACGGGUGAAGAUGUAUUCGAAGCCAUUGGCGAUCUCCUCAUGGAAUGUGAUUCAAACGAGGUCAAGGUCAAGAAAUUCUGCGAAUCGCUCUUCAAACAGAUGAAAAAAGACCCCGAAAAUACACGCAGUAAUAAUGUAAAAUUACUAGAUGCACCAGUUAGCAUAGGUGAAUCUACAACUGAUAAUACAUUUGAAAGCGCCAAUAGUGCGAGUUUCUGGGCUGCGAAGCCCCACGAGAACACAAUGAUUGAUUUUGAAGCUAAUGAAGCUUUGGCUAAUUCGAAGAAAGAUCGCAAAAAAGAAGUCACAAAUGAUACUUCUAAACCUCCGCCUGAAGCAGUUGCUAGUCAGUCAAUUUCAAAGAAGGAUCUCAAAUCAGAAAACGAUGGUAGAAACCUGACAAAAGAUAUUCACAUUGAAGAUUUCGAUCUAUCUUUCGGAGAAAAUAUACUCUUCAUAAACACUUCUUUGCAUCUAAAUUACGGCAGAAGAUAUGGGUUUGUAGGAAGGAAUGGUAUAGGAAAAUCCACGUUAUUAAAAGCAAUCGCAAAUAAAUCUCUAAUGAUACCAUCUCAUAUAAGUGUGCUCAUUGUUGAACAAGAAGUGCACGGUGAUGAUACACUUAUUAUCGACAGUGUGUUAGAAAGUGAUAAAGUUUUGACCGAUUUGAGAAAGAAAGAGAAAAAAUACACUGAAGAUGGCAACUCAACUGCCCUAGCUGAAGUUUUCAACCAAUUGGAACUAAUGGACGCCGAUUCGGCUCCUUCGCGUGCCGCCGAGAUCCUCGCGGGUUUGGGUUUCACUCCUCAAGACCAGAAAAGAACGACCAAAGAGUUUUCAGGAGGUUGGAGAAUGAGAGUUGCUCUGGCGCGUGCUCUGUUUAUGAAACCAGACUUGCUGUUACUUGACGAACCGACAAACAUGUUGGAUCUGGCCGCCAUUAUUUGGCUGGAGGAGUACCUUCAAAAAUGGGCAUCGACUCUAUUCUUCGUUUCCCAUGACCGAAGAUUUUUGUCUCAAGUUGCGUCAGACAUAGUUUAUGCUUAUAAUAGAGAACUAGAGCUGUACAAGGGAAACUUUGAUCAGUUUGAGUCAACGAAGAGUGAAAGAAUGAAGAAUCAACAGCGACAGUACGAGGCGCAGCAGCAGUACAGAGAACAUAUCCAGACAUUUAUAGACCGGUUCAGGUAUAAUGCUAAUAGGGCGUCACAAGUGCAAAGUAAACUGAAGUUACUCGAGAAGUUACCAGAGCUGAAAGCAGUUGACGAAGAAGCAGAAGUCGUGAUCAGAUUCGAUGGGUGUGAGAAGCUUCCAGCGCCCAUUUUGUACCUAAGUGAAGUUUCGUUUUGGUACAAUAAAGACAAUCCAAACUUCGUUAACGUCGAUGUAAAUGCCAACUUAGAAUCCAGAAUAGCAUUUGUAGGCAGAAAUGGAGCGGGUAAAACAACGCUUUUGAAAUUACUAACCGGCGAUUUGAAUCCUUCGAAGGGUUUCAGACAUGCCCAUAAGAAUUUAAAAAUUGCAUACUUCACACAACAUCACGUAGACCAACUGGAACUAAACGUAUGUCCGAUGGAAUUGAUUGCUAAGAGGUAUCCGGGCAAAAAGGAAGAGUUCUAUAGAUCGUGCCUGGGAAAGUUUGGCGUCAGUGGGAACCUUGCUCUGAGACAGCUGAACACGUUAUCAGGAGGUCAAAAAAGUAGAGUCGCUUUCGUUCUGCUCAACAUGCAAGCGCCGCACUUUCUUAUCCUGGACGAACCGACAAAUCAUUUGGACAUGGAGACAAUUGAGGCUCUUGCAGAUGCGAUCAAUAAUUACUCGGGUGGUGUGAUUGUAGUGUCUCACGACGAGUACCUAAUCAAGAAGACAUGCAAAGAAGUGUGGCUCUGUAAAGACAAAGGUGUCCAGAUUCUAGAAGGAGGAAUAACCGAGUACAGGAAACUGUUAGAAGCUGAACUGAUAUAAAUUAAAGAUCUGAAUACUCAGAAGCUUCUAAUUGAAUUGAAAUCUUGAGCAUGU